UUCUUCAGUUCUUCUUUCAUUGUUGCCUCUCUCUCUCUUUUUGAAUUUUCUGGGCCCUUUUUUGAGACAUUAUUUAUAUUUAUCCCUUUUCUUAUUAUUUGUGGCACUGGUUUGUUUGGAUUGGGGUUCUAAUGUUUUUUUGUUUCUUGUACUAUGUGGGGUUCUUCUGUUGUAGAAUGAUGUUUAUGUUUUUUUAAUCAUUUUUAUUUUCUGUAUUGCAUAAGCAUAAGAAGGAUUUUAAAUGAUUGUACCAAUUUUUCAAUGGUCUAUUGCCCCCUCCCUAAAAAAAAAGGCUUUUUUUUUCACCUUUUGCAUUUGGGUUGCAUUGUAGUGUAUGUCAUUUGCCGUGAUUGCAAAAUUUUGCCUUUGAUGUUCAUUUGUGAGACAUGCAAUCAAAGUAUUAAUCUUUUUUCUGAUAUGAAAGUGGGUAUGUUAGAUUUUAUCGGUUUAAAUUGUCUCUGGGUAUUGUUGAUCGAUUAUUUUUUAGUCUAUGUUCUGUUAUUUAAGUGAGCAAAUUUGUGUUGUUUUCAGUUGGUGUUUUGAGAUAAUGUUGAGAAAGAGGACCAGGUCAAUCCAGAAGGAUCAACAUCACACUGGUCAAAUGGCAAUCUCUGAUACCAAUUCUGAGUCUCAUGCUUUGGGGGGUAAUGGAAAAAGCAACUCAAUUUUCAAUGCCCCUCUUCUGUUUGUGGGUAUGGGUCAUAAGGGUUUGUUGGAUUGUGAUUCAGUUAAGAGCCCCACUUCACCACUAGAUUUUGGUUUCCUCUCAAACCUAAGUAACCCCUUUAGAACCCCAAGUUCAUUGUCCAAUGAGGGGCCACAUAGGAGUUGGGACUGUGCCAAAGUAGGUCUAAGUAUUAUAGAUUCUUUGGAAGAAUGUUCUAAGUUUUCUUGGAAAAUUCUCCAGGCUUCAGAGAGCAAGAAGACUAGUCUUUGUCCCCAAAUGAUUACUAAAGCACCAAAAUGUAAAUCCUAUAUGGAUUCUACUCAGGCAUCUAAAUCUUUACCUAAAGAUUUUUGUAAGAUUCCUUGUACUCAGAAUGGUUCUAUUGUCCCUAAGGGCGAGUCCACUGUUCUUUUUGAGAUUGGAGAGACCCCUCUAGAACAUGAGUUCUUUGGGAAAGCUGUGUCUUUUUCAUUGGAUUCUUACAGUCCAACAAAAUAUCUGUCUGGUUUAACUGGUUCCAACUUUGAUACUGACUCUGAGAAUUUUGCUUUGAAACAAAUGUGCUCUCCUCCUCAUUUUAUUGGAGGAAGCCAAAAUAACACAAAAAUUUUGCUACCUUCUGAGUUAAAUUCAAAUCCUGUGGCUGCAGUCUAUUCUAAUGAAUUUAUUGAGUCUCUAUCAGCUUGUGAGAUUGAAAACUCUGAGGAUUACACCUGUGUGAUUUCUCAUGGUCCUAAUGCAAAAACAACCCAUAUUUUCUGUGGCUGCAUUUUGGAAACUCAUGCUAAUGAUUCUGAAAGACAUUAUAAGGCUGAAGAGGAGGGAAAGGGAUUGUCCCUUUUCAGUGUUAACAUUUUGCAUACUCCAAACCAGUAUCCUUCUCACGACUUCUUAAGUGUCUGCUACCAUUGCAACAAGAAGUUGGAAGAGGGAAAAGAUAUUUAUAUAUAUAGAGGUGAAAAAUCAUUUUGCAGUUUGAGUUGCCGCGAAAUAGAGAUCAUGAUGGAUGAGCAAGAGAAAUCCAAUUCAUCACCAGAAAACUCUCCAAAGUGUGGAUUUGGAGGGGAAGUUUUUGAAACAGGCACUCCCAUAGCUACAUAGAGGGAUUCCUGCCAUUGGCCUGAGUCCAUGAAGCGAGUAGACGUGUCUGAUCAUCUGUUCUAAAAGAGCUGUUUUUGUUUGCAUCUAUUGGCAGCCAUGGAUGAUUGUUUUGUACAUCACUGCGUUUGCUAUUUGUUUUUCAGCUUUCAUGGUCUCGGUGGAAGAUGGCUCUCCACAGCUACUAGAUUUGGUUUCCAUAUAACUACAUAAAUGUAUGGUAUGACAUUAUAGAAUAGGUUUUUAAGCUUAUUUUUUUAUUCAAAAUAUCAAGGGUUUAAGCCCAUUUUUCUUGGCUUUCCCCCUUGUUGAAGUUGCUUUGCAUUAUCUCUAUAUUAUGUCAAGAAUCAGUGUAUGCCAAUCCAAACAAGUUUUUGACUUGAAGGUUAUACUACUAUUGUAGUGCAUAUGAAACUAUUUUCUUUGUUUUGGAUUGUAAAUAUAAAAAUUGAUUGAUUUGGUCUUUUUUGCAUUCUGUACUGAUUCAACACUAAUCCUUACAUGUACUAGCCUAGAGUAUGGUUUCAUUUGAAUGAGUUGUAACCUGUAAGCAUGAAAUCCUCAGACAGGGAUACGAUUCCUUGCCCUGGGAUUUUGAAUAUUAGAUGCUUAGUAUUUCUCCACUGUGCCAA